AUGCAUAAUAGAAAGCAUCUAUCACAAUGUUCACAUACAACAUGCUCCAACGAUGCAGAUAUAAAAAAGAUAUCAAAGGUACUCUUCAUCAUUCUAAUGUUUAUGUUCCUGGAGCUGUGGGGACAUUGGAAAACAAACAGUUUGUCCCUCCUGGCAGAUUCGUUGCAUCUGCUUGUGGACAUAUUUGGAUUUAUAGUUAGUCUUCUCUCUCUGAGCUGGGCAAAGAGACCUCCAAAUAAGAAAAUGACAUUUGGAUACCACAGGAUAGAAAUCAUUGGAUCCUUGGUUUCCAUCGGGCUCAUCUGGGCAGCCGUGGGGUAUCUCGCAAUCGAGUCAUUCCACAAGUACCUUCAUCCCAGCGAGAUUGAUGGAGGGAUGUUCUUUGCAAUAGCAGUUGUCGGUUUCUUUGUGAAUUGCAUCUGUAUUUACGUCCUCCACUAUGACGAAUACCAGCACAAGCUUAAGCAUAAGAAUCUAAACAUCCGAGCUACCUAUGUCCAUGUGAUUGGAGAUCUUAUUCAGUCUGUAGGGGUAAUAAUCGCAGGGAUGGUGACGUAUUUCUAUCCUUCAAAAGCAAUAGUCGAUGUGGUCUGUACCUUGUUUUUUUCUGUGCUUGUUUUGACAUCCACGGGGUUUGUAUUCCGAGAUGCCAUCCACAUACUGGCCGAGGGAACACCUAUGGAUCUUGACAUCGAUGGAAUGAAGACAGAUGUGCUAGGAGUAGAGAAUGUAUACAAAAUUGUUGAUUUAUAUGCAUGGUCCAUAUCCAUGAACAGAAACGCUGUAUCUAUUAAGAUACUGGCGGAUGAUUUGCUGAUCAGCGACUAUGAAAGCAUUCUGUUGGAGGUGAACCACAUAAUCACAACGAAAUAUUUUGUGGACAUAGUCAUCAUACAAAUAGAUACGCCAAACACCUUCUAUGGAGAAAAGGGAUUUGUUGUUGAUGGAGUAGCGAUUGACUUGGAAGCUCUUGAAACCCCAGGGAUGAUGAUUCCGCAGGCCUAG